CGAGGAUCACUCAUGAGAAGGAGCGCUUGUUUUGCUGACCAGAGACACCUUACCUCUGUGCUCAUUUUGUGAAACUGCAGAGUCGCGAGGAUCACUCAUGAGAAGGAGCGCUUGUUUUGCUGACCAGAGACACCUUACCUCUGUGCUCAUUUUGUGAAACUGCAGAUGCAGAUGGAGAAUUAAAGACAACUGAUGCCACAGCCUGAGCAGCUUCUCGUGAUUUAUUUCUACACUCAGAGAGGACACCAGAUACACAUAGGUCACAUUGGUGCCGUGACUCGUCCUCGACAACAUCGGACCGGGCUGGUGUCUUCUCAUCGCAGCAUCGUUUGGAGCAUCUCUUGUGUUUUGACUGCUGGGUGUACUUCAAUUUUACAUUUGCCUGUUAUCAUAUUGCGUUAAGCCCAUUGUAGUUCUUUUGAUGUACUGCUAAAUAUGGAUCUCAGUAACUGUGGUGAUAACUUAAAUGUGACCCCCCUUGGUAUUGGUAGGGGUAGAGGGUUCACAGCUGUUCCUUUUUCACUGGGUGGCCAUCGGGUGGGUAAUAGGACAACAGAUAGUCCCUGUGGGCUUUUGUUUGACUCACAGCCACCAGAGGGCGCUACUGCUUCAGUUGCAAAUCCUCCAAUUACUGAUGUAAGUCUAGUUGACCAAAUGAGUUCUAUUGUACAGCAGAUUGGACAACAGCUGGCUGAUAGCGUUAUGUCACAUCUUAAUACACCUCACACCUCAAGUCCUGCAGCUGCUACGUAUGCAUGUCCUGGUGGGGCAUAUGAAACAAAAGACAUCCCUUCCAGUCAAGCUUUAGAUCUUUCCCAGGUGCAGCUAGUAGCUCAGAGACAGAUCAAAGACCCACCUAUAUUUCGAGGUGAGGGUUCGGACUCACUGACUGUUGAUGAAUGGGAGGAGGCCAUGCAGAGUUACAUAAGGAAGAGCGGCAUUCUCCCAGAAAAUCAAGCUGAGGAGAUUAUGAUGCACCUGAGAGGCAGAGCGAAGGAUGUUGUAAAAUUUGGUGUAAGGAAUGGUGGUCUUGAUGUCCAGCAUAACCCACAAGCCAUCUAUGGCCUCUUACGCAAACAUUUUAGCUCCUCCCACUGCUCGACAGUGCCCCUGGCUGAUUUUUAUUCCACCCUGCCAAGUGACGGAGAAGAUCCAUAUGAGUAUUGGCUAAGGCUAAACAGAGCCGCUGAUGUUGUUGGUAACUGUCUUAAGGAGCAGGGGAAAUCUUUUGACAAUGCUGGUGUUGAAGUUGCACGCAUGUUCAUCAGACACUGCCCCUGCAGGGACCUGGCUCUUGUCUUUAAAACUAAGACGUGUUAAAUGGUCUGCUCGUGAAGUUCAGGAGGUGCUGGAUGAGUAUCACCUUGAAAAAGGGCUCAAGCGUUCUUCAGAUAAGAGCAACAGUGUCCAUGUACAUAAGGCUGAGGUUAGCGCUAAUGCUACUUUUUGUCCAGUCGGCCAUGAGCAGAGACAGGUUGUGAAUCAGGAGGGCUCUGCUAUUGAGCGGUUGAUCAGCAUGCUUGAGAAAGUGUUGCUUCAGGGCCCUGGCUAUGCUCAUGCUACUGUAGGGCGACAGAGUGCCAAAUUGCCAAAAAUACCAGGCUUGAAGGACACACCAUGCUCUGUAUGCAGAGACAGCUCCCACUCUACACUGACUCACUGUCGAGAAAACAGAUUGUGCUUCCUGUGUCACUUACCUGGCCAUUCAAGGCGCAACUGCCCCAAAGGGAGUUGUUCUCCUUCCAACGGACAGCAGGGAAACUGAAUGAUCUGCGUGGAGGGGAGGACAGCGCAGAUCAAGUGAGUAGACCUCCCACCUUUGACUCGACAGAUAUUGAUGAUUACGAGGCUUUAUUCUGCACUUACAGUGGCUUGGUGCCACCACAGAAAACACUGAUUGCACAGAGCCUGCAUCGACUCUCAAAGACUGAUAGCUUGUUCUACUCUGAUGUGACUACUGAUGGUGGACAUGUUCUUAAGGCAUUGGUGGACAGUGGAUCUAUGGCAUGCACCGUAAGUGAAAUGGCCGACAGAAAACUCUCACAGUCAAUCCCUGAUAUUGACAGGAAAUCAGCUGAGGAUUUUGUCAUCAUAGGGUGUGGGGGCCACUUUGUCACGCCUUCUGCUAUGUAUGACCUCACUGUAUCAGUGUAUGGCUUUAGGGUGAUAAUUCCUGUUCUGGUUGUCCCGGGCCAGACUGAUGACAUGAUCCUGGGCAGCAAUGCUAUAAAGUGGCUUAUUUCACAGUUGAAAGUGACUCUUGGUGCCCAGAAUAGCCCGUCCACAGUGGGUGGUAUUCAGAGUGACACUUUACCCCACUUGGCAACCUUGCUGUCUUAUUCAGAUAACUGUGAUGUACAUGCACUGCCUCCCAGCUUUGGCACUGCGAAACUUAAGAGACGCGUCACCCUGCAGCCCGUGUCUGAACAUUUGGUGUGGGCUAAGCUGCCUGCACCUGAUGCCUCAGUGGCAGGGAGUACUGUCAUCAUUGAGCCCACCCAGUCUCGGUCCAGACCUGUUCAGAUUCUGGUGGGCAGAGUUGUAACUUCCUUGUGGGGGGAUGGUUGGGUCCCUGUUAAAGUGGUGAAUCCCUCUGAGAAGCCCCUCACUCUGAGACGAAAUACAAAGAUUGCUGAUGUGUCCCCCUGUCUUUCUGUACAGGACUUACCUGAACCUGUCCUUAUUCAAUCAAGUGCACAGUACACACAAGACUCACCGACUACUCUGAGAUCAGAGGCAGAAAUGUCACAGACCUUGUGUGAUUUGGGCCUACAGGACUUGGACCUUUUGUCUUGUGAAGUUUCCCUGGAAUGGAAGGGCAAACUGCUGCGGAUCAUUGAACAUUUAUUUCUACACUCAGAGAGGACACCAGAUACACAUAGGUCACAUAUAUAUAUAUUUUUUUAGGGGUGGGACUUUAACGCGUUAAUUUCGAUUAAUUAAUUACGGGAAAAAUAACGAAUUAAAAAUUUUAAGGCAUUUUAAUCGCACUUUGCACCUUGGAACGUUUCUCGGUGCACGAAUUCGAGGCAUACAGAUUAUAUCGACGCACAAUGUCCAAAGUCAGCCGCCGCAUCCUUCGAAGGACCCGGCCCCGACCCAUUCGCAGCCCACGAAGACCGCAAAGGCCGGAAGUGAGCGGC